UAAUGCAAUGCACUAUAAUGGCACCAGUUCAAAUAUACAGUAUAUAUACAUAAAUGUGUAUAAAUGUACACAUGCGUCCAGAAACGGAUGUGUACAUACAUAUAUUUAUACCCUUCUACUUAUAGGAAUAAAAGAAUGUGUUUUCAAAAGUUUCAGGUGUUGUAUGGUUGCUGUAUAUUAUAUUAUAUUAUAUUAUAUUAUAUAGGCAGUAGAGCUGGAUUGGUCGCCAAAGGGCCAAAAUCACAUGCUCUCAUUCACUUUCUCUUGAAUGGGACAACGUCAGAGCGCCGGUGUGAGGAUGAGGAGCACGAGCGCAGCGCACGCUCUCCUCGGGAUGGAUUUUGGCCGCAGACGCGAGCAGAGGCUGCACGAGGACGCAGCACGAGCGGUGACGGCUGAGUGACAUUUGAGUACUGUUGUGUGUGUGUGUGUGUGUUAUUUAUUUAACAGUCAGCGACGUGGAGCCUCGUCGAGGAUCUAAUGGGACUGGUUUUGUUUUUUGUCUGACAUGGAUGGAGACUGGGUGCUCUUUUUGGAUUGACUUUACGCAGCUUAAGUUCUUAUUGGAAGCGAUGGGACGUUUAUUUUGAAAUAUCAAAUCAAGCCACAGCUGCUCUGUGAGUAAGAGGACUGCUGAUGACUUUAGUAAGCAGAGAGGAUUCCUAACGUUACAGCAGUUUGUGACCUACAAACUGGAACAGAAGAGCUCAUGACCACGUCAUCGCACCGAGGAAUAUAAAGUUACCGCUGCCGCUUCAGCUCAAAUGAUGUCAAAUCUAUUUGACAAAGUCAGGGGGCAAAUGUCGUGCCCAGAGAGGGUUUGCCUCAAACACCUCACCCCUCAGCAUCCAUCAGAAGACACAAUGAUGGAGAUCGCUUGCAAAGCCGAAGCACAGGAGCCUCCUAGAUUCUGAAGGAUAUAAUGUAGCACGACUUUCCUCAGCAUGACUUAAAAACAAACUCUCCCCGAACCUGCACAUGUUCAGGGAUGGAUCCCGUGAACAUCACGACUGUCAUCGACAGUGGGUUUAUGGACGAGGCUCCGUCGAGCCGCGUCCUGACCGGCUGCUUCCUCUCGCUGCUCAUCCUCACCACCCUGCUGGGGAACACGCUCGUCUGCGCCGCCGUCACCAAGUUUCGACACCUGCGCUCCAAAGUGACAAACUUCUUCGUGAUCUCGCUGGCCGUGUCCGACCUCUUGGUCGCCAUCUUGGUGAUGCCGUGGAAGGCGGUGACGGAGAUCGCCGGGUUCUGGCCGUUCGGCUCCUUCUGUGACACCUGGGUGGCUUUUGACAUCAUGUGCUCCACUGCGUCCAUUUUGAACCUUUGCGUGAUCAGCCUGGACCGCUACUGGGCCAUCUCUAGCCCCUUUCGUUACGAGAGGAAGAUGACACCCAGAGUGGCCUACGUGAUGAUCAGCGUGGCCUGGACGUUGUCUGUGCUGAUUUCCUUCAUCCCGGUGCAGCUCAACUGGCACAAGGCCCAAACUAAAUCCUACACCCCUCUCACUGGCUCUUCGCGUCUCAAUGUUACAUCUUACCGCAGCACAGAGAACUGUGACUCGAGCCUGAACAGGACCUACGCCAUCUCCACCUCUCUCAUAAGCUUUUACAUCCCCGUGGCAAUCAUGGUGGCCACCUACACCCAGAUAUACCGCAUUGCCCACCGACAAAUCAGGAGGAUCUCCGCCCUGGAGCGAGCGGCCGAAAGCGCCAAGAACAGGCACGACAGCAUCACCGGAGGCUCCAGCAUCGCGGAGUCCGAGAGCUCCUUCAGGAUGACGUUCAAGAGGGAGACCAAGGUGCUGAAGACGCUGUCGGUGAUCAUGGGGGUGUUUGUGUGCUGCUGGCUCCCGUUCUUCAUCCUCAACUGCAUGGUGCCCUUCUGCGAGCAGUCGAGUGGAGGGCAGGCUUUCCCCUGCAUCAGCCCCACCACGUUUGACGUGUUCGUGUGGUUCGGCUGGGCUAAUUCCUCCCUCAACCCCAUCAUCUAUGCCUUCAACGCAGAUUUCCGCAAGGCCUUCUCCAUCCUGCUGGGCUGCCACAGACUGUAUCCAGGAGGCCACAACAUAGAGACGGUCAGUCUAAACAAGAAAUGACUCACGACUCUCUCACAGCACUGACUCAUCCUUAAUGCUAAGAGUCCUAGCGUUUCCUGUAGAGGCCGGUCUGAUCGACUUCAAACGAGGACGCUGCUCUCUGUGCUGACUCUUAGUGUGACUGAAGGAUACGGUGACCCUACAUGUUCCUGUGUUUGCAUUAGGCCCGUCCGCGUGCAGACUGUCAGAGCGAGCUUGCCGUGCUCGCCGUGGUCGCUGCACCGUCGAAAGACGCUCCUGAAAGAGGAGAGGAGGAUUUGGGGGAUUGAAAUUAAGACCCUCCGCUGUUGUGCCAGGGAGCUGGGAGCGCAGCGGUGCUGACACGCCCCCUGGGAUAGAUAAUCCCAUGACUGGGCAGCACACACCCUAAUGCUGUCAGACACUGCUCUCUUCAAUACCAUCACACAUGCGUACGCAAACACAAACACUGUCAAAACAUGCUCCUCCGAAUUCAGUGUAAAUGCAGCACCCAGCAUGCACUCUACGACACAUUACAUGACAGCACACAGGAAUACUGUUACUCAUUACGUUAACAUCCUGUGCUCUGCAAGGAGUCCAGCGGUAGAGCAUCAAACCGAAUCAUGUUUUCUACACAGAUGAGCAUGUAGGUAAAGUACAUCCACAUGUGACUUAAUAUUGAAGCAAGAAGAAUGAAAGCAGAUUUGAUUUUACAUCCGGCUUAAUCCAUUCAUGUUGUGAUUUUAAAAGAAAGUUCGGAGGAGUCGACACAAUGUGAUCUGAAUUUCUUUUGGAAGUGAAUGUAGACAGACGUGAAAAAUGCAGCUUGUCAAACUGGUUCACAAUUUAUAUCUCAUCCAAACAUCAAAUCAUUAUAACUUUAAACCAAAUGUACUCAACGGAAACCUCAUAAAUUAUUUGUUUCACUGCUUGAAAGUGUUUUAUGGAUGAGUGUCUCGUAUUACUUUGUGUGUUCUGUAUUUUUCAUGAACAACAGCUGAUGGCCUCUUUUAAGGAGAUGGCGAAGUCCUAAACAAAGGUGUUGCUUGACUUGUGGUGUCUUUGACUAUUGUGCUUAUUUAGGAGCUGAUAAAGAACUGCAAUUGACUGAAUUAUGUUUGGAUAAAUACGUUUUAAUUAAAGUGAAUUAUUAAAGGAUAAUCUCGGAUUAUAACAACACGGGUCUUAUUUUAUAGGUUUGGCUGUCAUUCCUAUCGGUUUGAUAACAUUUUACUCACUGAAGUAAUUGCUGACAUCUGGGAACACUGAUAUCAGUGAAACAGGAGCAGCCAGACGAUCA